AUGGAUCUUGGAGCAGCAAGAGGCCCUAGAGUACGAAUUGGGCCGUGGACUGAAGCAGAAAAAAACAGACUGUUGAUAGGAUUGUUUUCAGAAUUGGACAUCAAGUCACUUGAUGAUGUUUUAGAUAUGCGUGCAGUUCCGUGGAAUAGAAUUCUCCCAUAUGUUAGGACACGAAACUAUAUGAACCUAAAGCAGCGUUGUCAUUACAUGAUUUGUAAGGAAAGACAGAGAUGUGGAGAAAGCUUCUCAAAUGAAAAUCGUGUUAAGCUAAUUGAUUGGAUUUAUGAAUCUGAAUAUAGGGAAGUUGCAGAAAUCAAUUGGCAGGAUGUUGCUGUGCAGUUUCCUGAUAAUACCCUAGCUGUUAUCAAGGAUUGGUUUUUCAACGUGUAUUAUUCCAUUCCCACACAAUAUAAAAGAAGUUUUGAAGACUCAAUAGAGUAUCUACAUAGAACAGUAAAGAAAAGGCAUGCAUCAUUUGAAAGGCUAUCCAAAGCAGCUGUAUCUGGCGCUUCUAAUUGCCUUAAAAAUCAGCAGAAGGAAGAUGAUGUUGAAAGUGUGUCAGAUAUGGAAAGUACAGACAUUGAUGAAGCUCCUGCAUGGGAUGAUGAAAUUGACUCCUCAGUAUGUAGAGGUGAAGGUGAAGAUAUUCAGAAGAGCAAUUCAGAUAGACACACAUCCAUGAAUAUAAAGCUCAAUCAUCAGAGAGUAUGCAAGAAUAGAGAUUCAAAUAAUGACCAUUAUUUGGAUGAAAAUCAAGGAAAACUUCUUAACUGCAUUCGUAAAGGAGAUUACAAGACUCUUGGUAACAUUAGUUGGAAGGAAGUUACAAAACAAUUUCCAGGCACUACAGUAUCAUCUGUCAGUGCAUACUUUUAUAGACUGUAUUGUACAAUUCCCAAGAGAAUAAGAAGAAACUUAAAUGAAGGCUUAGAGUAUUUGCAGAAAAAUGUGCAUCGCAACAGUGCAGAUCUCUCAGGACCUACCGUUACUGGGAAGACCGAAUUUUCUGAAGGCAUGGACAAUACGCACCAGAUAAAAGUUGAUUUUGGACAGAGAGAUACAGACAUUGAUGAUCCUCCUGCAUGGGAUGAUGAAAUGAACUGCUCAGAAAGCAGUGAUGAAGAUGAUCUACAAGAGAGAAAUUUAGAGUAAUGGGCUCUCAAGUGCCAGAGGCAAAAAGUGACAAAUAAACACACAAGGAUUUUCCAACAUCAGUGUUAUUGUUAAUGAGUACCAUGAUUUAAGUGAAUGCUUGUGCUUACAAAUUUUCUUUAAUGAUUAUGACAAGGUAACAUUUUUCAAAUUCAUGAUGUAUGUCAUAGUCAAUUAUUGAUGAAAAUAUACAUGAGUAAGAGUAGCUGCAAGAUACAUCCCUGAGUAAGAAUGUGACAACAAGAUAAAUCCCAGAGUAUGAGUAACAGCAAGAUAUAUCCCAGAGUAAAAGUAGCUGAAAGAUACACCCCAGAGUAAGAAUGUAACUGCAAGAUACAUUGCAGAGUAAGAGUGUAACAGCAUGAUACAUCCCAGAGUAAGAAUAAUAGCAAAAUACAUCCCAGAGAUAGAGUGUAACUGCUAGAUGCACCCCAGAGUAAUAGUGUAACUGCUAGAUGCACACCAGAGUAAGAGUGUAACUGUAAGAUACAUCCCAGUGUAGCUGUGUACCAGCAACGUGCAUCCCAGAGUAAGAGUAACUGCAAAACACAUCCCAGAGUGAGAGUGUAACUGCAAGAUACAUUCCUAAGUAAGAUUGUAACAGAAAGAUACAUCCCACAGUAAGAGUAGCUGCAAGAUACAUCCAAGAGUAAGAGUAGCUGCAAAAUACUUCUCAGAGUAAGAGUGUAACAGAAAGAUACAUCCCACAGUAAGAGUAACUGCAAAAUACAUCCCACAGUAAGAAUGUAGCUGGAAGACACAUCCCACAGUAAGAAUAAGAGUAAGUUACAUCCCAAAACGAGUGUACAGUUGCAAGAUUGUGUGUGUGUGUAUGAGUGCGUGCGUGCUUGCGUGCGUGCGUGGGUGGGUGCGUGCGUGCAUGCAUGCAUGCGUGUGUUUGUGUGAAGUACUCUAUAUACUGGCUUUGUAUGUUCUCAUCAUUAAUUGAUACAUUUUAUGUAUGCAGAAGUGAUCAUGAAGUUUUUAUAGCUAUACAACAGAAUAAACCAACCUUCAAGCUAUAAGGACAACCCACAAACGAAAAUGAUAAAAGAAAAGUUUUCCUUUCGUGUUCUGCAUAUAACUAUGCAUUUCAUUAAAAGACCGUUUUAGAGUAUUCUUUUAUGUCAAUUUUUACAAAAUAGGAGGUUGGCCAGAUUUCUUAAUAGUGCAGAAUUCUGUCAUGAGUAUGCUUUUGAUACUUUAGUUAUAUCUGUAAAUGUAAGGGUAUCUCCUGAAAUGUAUGAUUAUUACAAUGAUGCUGAAUAAAGAGGCAUUUUUGAUAAACAUGAAUAGUUAAC